CUUUCAUUUUUCUCAACCAAUCAAAUGAAACGUUAGUAAGGCUACAUAAGUACACCAUGCUGACCGAUUUUCUUAUUUGGAUGAAAAGCUAGAUUUUGCAGCUUUGUUUACAAAUUAUAUGUUACCACAAAUGUAUAUCGACUUCUGAAUACAUUACCCCACGUUUAAGGAAUGGGUCGUACAAGAGGGAGUAGAAGACAUGUGUUACAGCUGAAUGACAACAAAGAGAGCUAUCUAGCUAAAUAUGGAUACAGUAGACAGGAAGGAAAUGGAAAUGAAGAUGACAACAGUGGGUCUGACAUGGAAACUGACCAAGAUAAUGAAGGAGUUCCUGAAGCGUCCAGCUCCAGUAAAAAUCCACCCGACACGCCAGACAUCGACGACAAGGUGGCAAACUUCCUUGCUGAAAUCCAGUCCAUAGACCCAGAGACAGAGGAUGAUCCAGAUGCUAGACCAAGCUUCCAGAAUGGUGGGGGUAUAGCUAUCCCCCCUCCCACCUUUUCCCUCAAUUCAAGCCAGUCUCUUCCAGAAAAAAUACAGGAACCAGAUCGAUCAGUCCCGAAGAAGUCUGGGAAUGCCUACAAGAGCAUGUUUGUUAAGGGGGAGUCUGAAUUUGUCCGACCUAGUGGAGAGAAGGAAGUCGUCAAAUCAGUUCCAGGGGACAUUGAAUGGCCUGAAGAGCCCAGCACGGUCUGGCAGCAGACGUUGGAUGAGAAUACACAGUACCACUAUUACUGGAACACAGUAACUAACGAGGUUACCUGGGAGAUCCCCACAGAUUACACCAGGUACCUGCUCCUAUACAAAGAAUACGAAGAGAAAGUGGCCAAACUUAAAAAGGAGGGCAAGGUCAAACCUCCUCCCAAGACAGUUGCCAAAGUUCCAGAAGGACCAGUGCUUCCUGUGCCCAAACCAUUGAUAACCGAGAGUUCAUCACCUACUACUACUGCCACUGCUUUAACAGAUAAUCACACAUCAGGGGAGUCGGUGUCCUCGACCUCAGAAGUAGUCCCAGAAAUGAAUGAGGCGCAGACUUCUGGGAUUCUGAAAAACAAACAGGAAAGCCCUGCCCCAGUCCUUCCAGACAGUACCAACACUAAAACCAAAACUCCCCAGCUGGUGGCUUAUCAUGGAGGAAGCAGUGCUGAGAGCAGUACUGACAGCAGCGAAGAUUCAGACAGUGAUGAGGACUCAAAGAAGACUUCCAAACGCAACAAGAACCAGGAUACAGAUGACCUUGACAUUGAUGACAUUGACAAAGCUCUGGAGAUGGCAUUAGAAAAGAAAAAGUCACACAAAGAGCACAAGUCCAAAAGAAGAUCCUCCGAUUCAAAAUCAGAUGGUAAGGCCAGUCUCCCUAAGUCUAGGUCCCUGGUGGACGCCAUGAGAGAACAAGUCCAACAGAAACAGGAGAUAGAAGCCAGGAGGAAGGCAGCCAUUGAGGAGAUGAUGGCCAGGGAACUGGAGAGGAGGGUAGGCCCUCCAAGGAAAAGACCCACUCCAGAGGACCCUUCACUGCAUGGGGACUGGGAUUCCAAAAAGACCAAGGUAUUGGAGUACGAACAUGGCAGGAGAAGCAGGAGAGAUGAACGGGAAAGUCAAGGCCGGAGUAGUACAGACAAAGAUUAUGACAGAGACUCGCGACACAAGAGAGAUGAUCACAAGAAACACAAGAAGGAUGACCGAGACCGGGAUAGAAAGAGAGAGGAAAAGAAAAGGGACGAACACAGGAAGAAAGACAAACAGGAUGACAAGAGGAAAGAUGAAAAGAAACGGCAUAAGGAUAAAGACCGAGAGAAAGAUGACAAGAAGAAAGAUAAAAAGAAGGACAAACAGGACAAACAAAAGAAUGAGGAAAAGGAAGAAAAGACAGCACCGGAAAAGAAGUCAAAGGAAUCAAAGCAAGAAGGAUCUGAAGAGAAACCAGAGGAAAAAAUUGAAGUCAAGAAAGUGCCAGAGGCUGCGGUGAAGAAGGAGCCAGUGACCCCGCCUCCACCGUCGGGAGUGAAGAAAGCAGAACCAUCGCCACCAAUUGUGAAAGCAGAAGUCCUUCAUUCAGGGGAGAGUCAUCUGACUCCUGUACAGUUAGCCAAUCUGAAGAUGCAAGCUUCUGAGUUAGUGGAACUGGCACUCAGUAAGCUAGAGUUUUUAGAGGUAACGAAAAAGGGGCUUUCCAAAUUGCAGAUCUUGUUGGUUGAAUUGGAGACACGACAGCAAGAUUGGCAGUCAGGUGGAUUGACCACAGAAUACUUCUUGUUAAAACUGGAGGAAGCAAAUCGCCAAUUACAGCAGUAUGAGCAGAGUGCAGCGCCACCUGGCUGGACAUGCCACUGGGACAGAGCUUACAGGCGAUACUUCUACAUGAACAAGAAAACCAAUCGAACACAGUGGGAUUAUCCAGAAGAAGAGGAGGAGGAGGAGGAGGAAGAAGAGCCAGAUGAUGUGGCUGGCAAAGAGAGGCAACAUUCGAUGUCUUCCAGUCCACAAAGAGAUCUGGAGGAAGAUGCCAAUCGGAUGUUUGAUGUGGGGAACCGUAUUGAAGAGGUUGCCUCCAGCUCCACAAUAGACACUGAGAUCAAAUCAAAGUCACUCAAUAGUCAGAAGUCAGAAAAAUCUCACAGAGUGAUGGAGAAUUCUUUGGAUUCCACAGACAGUCACAAAUUUACUUUAGACAAUUCUGACAGUAUGGACAUUGAGGAUCAGCCUAAAGAACCCCCGGAGACCAGCCAGGCCAUUGAUGGGGAACCUGUUAGCUCCACCGUUCAGCCCACAGAGACAGGGGCACCAGAUACCACUGCCAUUCUGUCAGUCAUGGAUGAAAUUUUUCAAGGAAAGUCAAAGUAUAGAAAUUCUACACCAGUAUCUACCAUGGAUGUGACACAGGUGUCCCAGAGUUAUGACUACUCCAACAGUAUAGCUGCUGCAUCAGUCAUGCAGGGAGAACCCCCACCCCCUGGCACAGACCUAGAUCUACUCCUAGCUGCCCCUCCUCCCCCACCCCCUCCAGCUGAUGAAGCUUCUGAUGUUCCCAUGGAGACCUAUGACACCAGCGUUCCCAUCACAUAUUCCAGUAUUGAUGGGGAUCCCAUGGUGCACUCCAGUGUUGCUGAUAGCAUUUAUCCCUCAGAGGCUGGGGUCAUUUCAGCCGAAUCCUCAUAUACACCAGAGAGAAAGGAUGCACAGCCAGUGGUCGCACAGGAACUGGUUGUGAUUGCUCGUCCCCCUCAUGUAUUUUCACGGGACGAACCUGGAGUACCGGAGGUAGUGUCAGGGACGGAGUUUGUGCAGGAGAGUGUGUCAGGGGAAGUCACUCUUGCCACAGCAGAGUUGCCUAGCAGUAGUGGAAUUUCCAGUGAGAAAAAGAAGAAAAGGAAAGAUAAGUCCAUGAGUAGCUCAGGUUUGCACCUCAAGAAGAAGAAUGUGUCUUCACUUGUGCAGAAGUGGCAGAAAGUAAAGAAAGAAGUGGAAAUUGAGGAGCGGCACCGAGAGGAGCGUGAGCAGGCGAUAAGACAGAAACUUGAGGAGUGGAAGCAGGAAUACAACUGGUACGUCUUAUUAUUACAUUGGAGUAAGGUCCUGAAGAAUGUGAUAAAAUGUAAUCAGAGUAUUUACACCCUUAUUCUUAGACUGGGGAAGCCUUAUCAAAAUAAUUUUUAUCAUAGGUGUAUCUGAAAAUUGUGAGAAAAUAACAAAUUGUACCACAAUAACUGGAGGGGAAAAUAUAGAGUAUAAAUCAUAGAAACCUUUACCAUCUUAAUAGGUCUGUUUUCUCCAAAAUUUUGUUAUACAUAUACAUUUACUGUUUUGUAAUAAAAGUUAGCAAAAAAACAAAUAACCAUUCAUAAAUAAAGAUAUAAGGAUAUUGAAUACAUGUAUUGCCACUGUUUUCAUGUGUGGGUUUUUUUUUGGUUUUUUUUUUUUUUAUAGAGCUGAAGAGAACUAUUCAACAUGAAAGACUUCUUUGCUUUUAGCAAAAUCGAAUGCCUGUAGUUGAAUGGGAACUGAUGGUUGAUCUGCUUUGCUUUCUUCAUUUAUUUCCACGGAAAUAUGUGCUUAUUUAUAUUCUGUGUGUGAACCUGAACUGAAUCAGAGUGGAUGAUUUUAAACUAAUUGUUCUGUAAGAACUCUGGAAAAUGAUACCAGUGAAGAACAUUUUGACUCUUACAUUUAAUGUACACAGUUUUAAUGAUUAUGGAUGAGCUAGCAUAAAUUUAUCAUUGUUCAAUGUGUUGUUGGAAAUGUAUGUAUGCUUGUUAUUAGAUAUGAUAAUAUAUUGUAUAUGAAUAUCUGUAAAAUGAACAUUUUACAGAUUGAGAUAUGUGAUCAUGAAUUUUGCACAUGUUGUGCUUUAAUAAAAAGAAAAAUGUAA